GAUAAUGGGGAUAAUGAAGGAACGCCUGUAAAAAGCUACCUUGCUUUAUAUGUUAGCGUCUUUUGCGCUCGACUAUAAGCUGUACAGCAGCGUUUACCGUGGAAAUGAUGAUAGAUAGAGCAGUUACUAUGUUCUAGAUAAUCGUGACGAUAGAUCUCCAGCAGAUGUUUGGAUAACCUGGAGUGGAGGAUGUGGUGAGGUGUGGGGAUUGCGUGUAGAUGUACAGGAGGUGGAGGAAAAAAAAAACGAUCUGCCUUUAGGUAAACAUUUCUAUGAAAUGAGGCAGUAAAACCCUGAAAUAAUCAGAAUAGAUUUAUGAGAGAAGAGAAGAUCUGCAUCCAUCUGUUGAGAACAUGAAGAUGAAUCGUGUGGUUUUGGUCCUGGGCUUCGUCCUGAUCAUGGCGCUCGACUCAGACGCUAAGCCUGAUGCUGUCGCACCGCCUAAGGAUUGCUGCUUUAAGUUUUUCCCCGGCAAAAUUCUUCCCCAAACAAUCCUGGAGGUUAAAAAGAUCGACUCACGCUGCCCACAGCAAGGCUUCGUUGUUACUACUCAUGAGUUCCACAGCGUGUGUGUCCGUAAGCUCGAAGUCACCGAAUAAGCUCCAGUACGCAUUAACGCUGCAACUGAGACGCAACACGUACGCACCGUUCAUGAUGAUGGUCGUGGAUGUUAUUGAUGCUUAACGCAAUGCAGAUUCAAAUAAAGU